AUGAUAUUCGUCUGGGUUUUACUUUUAUUUUCUGGUAUAUAUCCAAAUAUUCAAUCUCUAUCAUGUAUUAACUUGGGAUAUGUAGCAAACAUAUCUAUUAAUACAUUUGAUCGAAAUGUCUUAGAGGCGCUACUUGAUGGUUAUGAAAUGGAUGGAAAUCAUUCUAAAUGUCUUGUGCAGAUGGUAGUUAUGCACCGUGGGGAACAAUUAGAUCUAAAGUUUAGUAAAAUGCUUCAAAAUGAACCCAUCUCACUUAAUACUGUGAAGUUUCUUACAUUGGUAAGGUAUAUCGAUAAAGAUGACACAGUGGCUGCACAUGCUUUAACAUCUGCAUGUUCAAACUCCGACGGUUGUGAUAAACGAUUUAUACUCGAUCAUGUUGACUGGCUCAUUCGGAUAAAGUUUGAUGAGUUCUUCCGAAUUACUUUUCAGCUACUCAUACCUGAAGAUGAUGCACUAAACAGAUGCCAUCUUGUCCAAUGUGGUCAUAGUUUUUGUGGCGCUAUGUGGACACAUGUUGAAACCGAUAUUAAACAAAGCUGUAGUAAUCUACCACGAGCUCAGUUUCAGGCUAGAAAUGAUUUCAAUGUCAAUACUCGCGAGGAAACUGCAUCGUAUGGUUUCUUUUGUAAUUAUGCACAGUGCAACAACUUAGAUAUUAUUAAAAAAUUGCAAGACAAUGUUAAAGAAAACUACGAUCUUUUAUCACUGCGCAAUGCACUCGGUUUUCGCAGCGAAUCGAAUGAACCUAUAACAACUGCAAGCUCGACACUCAAUAUCACAUUUUCUCAAUAUUUAAUUGAAACUAUGUCAAACGUGUCCUCACCUAUGAUAACCAAUGUGUCCGCAAAGCAUAUGUCAGCUUCUACACUUGCUACAACAGAAGCGAACGGUUGUAUCACAUGGCAAUUUCGAAGAAAAAAUAUUAUAGUGAGUUUGGCUGCACUUAUAAUCCUUUUAAUUGUUUAUUAA